AUGAAGAAUAGCGGGAGCAGGAACAGUAUGGUUGAUAAGGGUCGGACCUUACCGGUGGAUCCCAAUCUCCCGCGAUUUCUGUGCCAGAACUGUCGUCAGAGCCUAUGUAUCGUCGACAUCGAUUCUUACGCCGACAAAUUCUUCGCCUCCGGGAUGCAAGGUUCUUCAACUCAUGGGACUGGUAGCAUUUUAGGUUCGACACGUGCGGACCAUUCAUUUGUCAUGUUGACAAAGGAAAGGAAUCAGGUAGCAGGGGUCUCUCCUCGUCCAAGAGGUGGAGUAAUGCAGCCUGAUUCUACUCAGUCUGGGAAAGCAAUAGAAGAGUCAUUUGUGGUGUUACCUCCACCAGCUGCUUCAGUGUACAAAUGUGAGUUUGGAGCUGAUGGAGGGGGUUCCAAUUUGCCAUCACCUGAGGGCGGCUCAACUAAUGCUCCUUCACAACCACAUAAUUCGGGCCUUCACUCAACAAUAACUGUCCUGAAGCAUGCAUUUGAGAUUGCCACAACACAAACACAGGUUGAGCAGCCUUUGUGUCUUGAGUGCAUGCGGGUGUUAUCUGAUAAACUUGAUAAGGAGGUUGAAGACAUGAACAGGGACAUAGAAGCCUAUGAAGCCUGUCUUCAACGAUUGGAAGGAGAAACAAGAAAUGUUCUUAGCGAGGCUGACUUUCUUAAGGAGAAGUUAAAGAUAGAAGAAGAAGAAAGGAAACUUGAAGCAGCUAUUGCAGAAACAGAGAAGCAACGUGCAGGAGUCACUGCUGAACUGAAGGAACUGGAGUUAAAAUCUAAUCGCUUUAAAGAAUUGGAAGAGCGGUAUUGGCAGGAGUUCAAUAACUUUCAGUUUCAAUUGAUCUCACAUCAGGAGGAGACAGAUGCAAUUUGGGCCAAGAUAGAAGUUUCACAAGCUCAUUUGGAGUUGUUGAAACAUACGAAUGUGCUCAAUGAUGCCUUCCCUAUCUGGAAUGAUGGAGACUUUGGAACAAUUAACAACUUCCGCCUGGGAAGACUUCCUAAAAUUCCGGUUGAAUGGGAUGAGAUAAAUGCUGCAUGGGGCCAAGCUUGCCUUCUGCUCCAUACGAUGUCUCAAUAUUUCAGGCCAAAGUUUCAAUAUCAAAUAAAAAUUAUUCCUAUGGGAAGUUAUCCUCGCAUAAUGGAUAGCAGCAGCAAUACUUAUGAACUCUUUGGUCCCGUCAAUCUGUUUUGGAGUACUCGCUACGACAGAGCGAUGACAUUGUUCUUGAGCUGCCUGAAGGAAUUUGCUGAGUUUGCAAAGGCAAAGGAUGUAGAAAACAACAUUUCUCCUGAGAAAUGUUUUAAGCUUCCAUACAAGAUUGAAAAUGACAAGGUCGAAAAUUUCUCUAUUACACAAAGCUUCAAUAAACAGGAGAAUUGGACCAAAGCUCUCAACUUGUUUUAUGUAGUAGCGGAGUUGAGCCGCGUCGAAGCUUGUUGA